CGCCGUCCCCAGCUGACACCAAGCAACAGCGGCCUGGCAUGGCAUACCGACGACCAGACGCUACGCAGCAAGUUUGAGGAGUUUGGUGCUGUCGACGAGGCGAUCGUCGUCAAGGAUCGCGAUACCGGUCGCAGUCGUGGCUUCGGCUUCGUGCGAUUUUCCGAGGAGGCUGCCGCCGAGUCCGCGAUCUCAGCCAUGAACAAUGUCGAGUUCGACGGACGCACCAUCCGCGUAGACAAAGCAUCUGAGCGUGGCAGCGGUGGAGGCGGUGGAGGAUUUGGCGGAGGACGUGGUAUGUGCGGCCCUUCUUCAUCGUGCGACCAUCGCUAA